GACCCGUGAGCACGCUCUUCUUGCCUACACCCUUGGUGUCAAGAACCUCAUUGUCGCCAUCAACAAGAUGGACACCACCAAGUGGUCUGAGGCCCGUUACCAGGAGAUCAUUAAGGAGACCUCCUCUUUCAUCAAGAAGGUCGGCUACAACCCCAAGGCUGUCGCUUUCGUCCCCAUCUCCGGUUUCAACGGUGACAACAUGCUUACCCCCUCCACCAACUGCCCCUGGUACAAGGGUUGGGAGCGUGAGAUCAAGUCCGGCAAGCUCAGUGGCAAGACCCUCCUCGAGGCCAUUGACUCCAUCGAGCCCCCCAAGCGUCCCGUUGACAAGCCCCUCCGCCUUCCCCUCCAGGAUGUCUACAAGAUCGGUGGUAUUGGAACGGUUCCCGUCGGCCGUAUCGAGACUGGUGUCAUCAAGCCUGGUAUGGUCGUUACCUUCGCUCCUUCCAACGUCACCACUGAAGUCAAGUCCGUCGAGAUGCACCACGAGCAGCUCACUGAGGGCCAGCCCGGUGACAACGUUGGUUUCAACGUGAAGAACGUCUCCGUCAAGGACAUCCGACGUGGUAACGUCGCUGGUGACUCCAAGAACGACCCCCCUAUGGGUGCCGCUUCUUUCACCGCUCAGGUCAUCGUCCUCAACCACCCCGGUCAGGUCGGUGCUGGUUACGCUCCCGUCCUCGAUUGCCACACUGCCCACAUUGCCUGCAAGUUCGCCGAGAUCCAGGAGAAGAUCGACCGCCGAACCGGUAAGGCUACUGAGGCCGCCCCCAAGUUCAUCAAGUCUGGUGACUCUGCCAUCGUCAAGAUGGUUCCCUCCAAGCCCAUGUGUGUUGAGGCUUUCACUGACUACCCUCCUCUGGGUCGUUUCGCCGUCCGUGACAUGCGACAGACUGUCGCCGUUGGUGUCAUCAAGGCCGUCGAGAAGUCCAGCGGUGCUGCCGGCAAGGUCACCAAGUCCGCUGCCAAGGCCGCCAAGAAAUAAGCAACUUAUUUCUGAAAUGACAACCUUCAGUGGGAUCUUACGACCUCGAUCUCACGCCCAAGGGCUGAUGUACUCGCUUCUACGACGAAAUGAUCAUGUUGGCAUGAGCACUCGGCUUUUGUCUGGGGGCACAUAAUGAGAGGCAAAGAAAAAAGGCCAGGAUCUCGGUUGUGUGCAAAUCAAAAAAAGAAUAGAGAGUCUAGAAGUGAUUCGUGCAAAAGUUUCUUGUUCCUACCUAUGAUGCUUGUGAUGUGAUGUGUGACU